CGGGGCAGCUAGCCACGUAGCUAAAGUUGUGGUGGCUGCUACCAGAAUGCUAAUGUUGACAUUGGUUGCGUUCUUGAACAUGUUUUACGCGGCUGUCCGUCACGUCAGUCUGCCGGAUAGUGUGUUCAAGGGUGGAGGACUUGAGCAGGAUCGUAUGUGUGUGGACCAGCUCCUGGGAGGGGUGGACGUGUUGAUCCCGGUAGCAGGACCACUAAGUUGUGAUGGGUGGGAGGGGAGGUAGCUCCACGUAGCUGGGUCUGGUCCACAGCUGACAGGACUGUCUCCUAGGUCUGUCCUCCUAGGUCUGUCCUCCUAGGUCUUUCCUCCGAGGUCUGUGUCUGAGAGUCUGGGUCCCGAGGUCUGCAUCUGAGAGUCUGGGUCCGAGGUCUGUGUCCAAGUCGGGUGAUACUGUGAUUUGUGUUGGAGGAUCCAAGCAGCUGUCACAAUCACGGAUACGUGUUGGGUUGCAUGUUUCUUAUCCUAUGGUCUCCACUAGUUUACCCUCUUUAGGGUGAGGGUGCAAUGAUGUGUAACUCGUUGGGAAAGCGUUACUCAAUAGUUGAAUAGUCUACCGUACUUUGUGUUGCUUUGGAUGCAAACGAUCCAGACACAGUUGCUCGUCCGGGGUUUGUCAGAUGAGCUGACAUGCAUGUUUUCAUAUUUACCUAUCCACUGUCCAUAACAACUCAGUUCCUGUUUUCUGGAUGUUGAAAAGCAGUUGAAAGUGGUUGAUGACUGUUUUUUUGGACACCUUGCACAUUGUUGUUAUCCAUGUGUGGUUUCAACUGAAGCGAUUUUACUUUGUGAAGCUUACACGGCCGCCUGCAGAACAUGGAUCAGAUUAAGAUUAUGCAGGCUUUACUUGGAGAGAGGGAGUGAGAGAAGGGGAAACACCUGUUCCAGAGAUGUGGGAGAAUCCGGUCCCAAAGGGCGCAGUCUGGUUGUUACAGAGUGAAGUAGCAGCAGUCCCUGGGUAGGGUGUUGUGGGCGGGGUCGUGUGUGUCUGUUUAGGACACGUCGAAUAAAGAAGUACAUGGCAAGCGUUCAUUCACUCUACCGUCGCUCCUGGCAAUGACCCCUGGCCUGAAACGACCCUCACUUGUUCAGUGAAUUAUGAGUACAGACAAUGCUUGCUAUUAAAAGUACUUGCUUAUAAUAUGCACUGUAUAUUAUAUAUAUAAGGUAUAUCACAUAUAGUGUGUAUUAUUUAUUAUUAAUGUGCAAUAUUUAAUAGAUAUAUUGUUUAUUAGUAUUAGUACAUCAAUGCCUGUAUUAUAAGGUCAUAUUGUUACAUUACACCACGGCAUGCAAACAAUGUUAAAAUAUAACCACAAGAGGUGAUUAACGGGGUCCGAGCAAAAUUAAAAGCAAUAAACACUUAUGGAAGAUGUAUAAAUAUAACAUAUAAUUGUCAUAUUUAAGGAAAGAUGUUCCACUUAAACCUGAACUGCAGCCUCAUUCACAUGGUCAAAAUGUCUAUUGAUAAGCACACAACAUCCAGAAAACUCAAAGCACACAUUUCUCAAUUGAAUUAAGGGCUUUCUUCAAAGCAUAUACCUGAAAAAUCUUUGAAAUUCUUGGAAAAUUAAACAUUUGUAGUCAAGAACACUUAACGGAAGAAAUAUAAAUAGGGUUAGGGUUAACCCUAAUUAUGAAGGAAAAAUGGUUCAUGAAGAAGUUCCCCUUAAUGCCAUACUGUGUCUUGGCAGUCCGAUUCUUGGAAACUAAUGAGCCGGAAUGUUGAUUGCCUGAUGAUUUUCAGGUGCUGUUCAAUGUUGUGUUUCUUAAAUGAGUGGCAAUGACAAGAAUGUCGUGUUCAGCUUGUUCAUAAUGCUCUAAUCAGGAUUCCAACUCUCAACCUAAUGAUCACCAGUACCGUUCCUGAACUGCAUGAAGCCUCAUUCACAUCAUGAAAAUGUCGAUUGAUAAGCACACAACAUCAAGAAAUCUCCAAGCACACAUUUCACAAGAGAAUUAAGGGCUUUCUUAAAAGAGUAGAGAUCUGAUAAUUUGCACUGUUAAUGGUAUCCACCUAAUGAUAGCCGUAUGGUAGUUAUACAAUAACAAUAUUGUCAAAUAGGCCAAAUGGGUUGAGACUGUGGACGGACAUUUGGCUUUUCUAUGAAAUUUUGGGAAAAGUAAAACAUUUUAGAGCAGAAGACCAUGGUAAAAAAGAUUCAUCUGAUUUUAGAGAUUAAUAUGAUGAAAGAAUUUUGAGUCCAGGUCAAUCUAGUAAGGAGGAAGGCUAGUUCAUAUUUUUUUAAAUAGCGCAACCUUUGGGUGCAGUACCACAAUUUGGGUUUAUGGGUAGUGGGGGGUAUUGGUAUCCACCUAAUAAUAGUUUUAUGUUUUUUUUUUUAUACAAUAACAAAAUGGUCAUAUAAGGAAAAUGGGCUAACUUUAAUGGCCAAUAUUUCUCAAAUGGAACUAAAUAAAACAAAUUCUGUUCAAGGAUUUUUGUGGGGCUUGGUCUAAAGAUUUUAUGUGGCGAUUUUGGUAAAUUUUUGAUUAUUUUUGUAGCCUGUGAAUCUUUUUAUCAUGUUUAGCUUUAAUAUGGAAUUGUGGGAAAAGUAAAAAAUUUUACGGCAUGGGUUUACAGGGUUUUAUAAAUGCAUCUGAUUCUAAAGAUUAAUAUUCGGAAAGAAUUUUGAGUCCAGUUCAAUCUGGUGAGGAGAAAUAAGCCUAAUUCAUGAUAUUUUACAAUAGUGCCACAUUUGGGUGCAGUACCACAAUUUGGGUUCAUUGGUAGUGGGGGUUAUUGGUAACCAUACCUGAAAAAUUCAAGAGUUUUCGACUUACGGUAUAGGCUGCAGUAUGACUUUUACAGAAUUUGAAAAAAAAGAAAACGUUACAGAAACAAUAGGGGACCAAGCAGCUUCGCUGCUCGGACCCCUAAUAAUUCCAUACAACAGUGGGCAGUAAUUACAUUUACCUACUUGCCCACUAUCUUUAUCUUUUGCAAUCAAAGCCAAGGCAAAGAGAAACUUCCAACUGCUGAUUCUUUGCAUGUCUCUACUGACACAAAAAGGCCUUUUCAUCCAGACAACUGGGUGGCCUUGAGGCAACUUUUAUAGGGAGCGAAAGAAACACGCCGGCUCUCCCUCUCUCCACACUGCCUGGAAGUGAGCAAGAGUCGGUUACAGCUGCACUAGAAGAUAAGACGCUCUUCUGGGAUUCAAAGCAGAGUAGAGGAGCUCAGAUGGACUCACAACCAUGCCCACCAUUCUAAUCAGACAGUAGGCUCCCUGUUUAAGCCCCACCCUCCCUGCCCCCCAUCCUGCACUCUAAAAGGUGGAACCUCUUUCAACCAAACGCCUAAUUUCCUAAUGCCAUCCAUCCCGUCUUGCUGCCACUACCGCUACAAGUCUGCUGUGCCGUUCCCUCAGAUCUCGGGGGAGAAAGCCGGGGGCAAUACGGAUGAGCCACCAAACUGUUGCAGCGGCUGUGGACCAGGUCAUACGCGUCGUGACGUCGUCUGGGGGUACAAGAUGAAGCUGAGGAAACAGGUGACCGUGUGCGGCGGCGCCAUAUUCUGCGUGGCGGUCUUCUCGCUCUACCUCAUGCUGGACAGGGUCCAACAUGACCCCGCGAGGCGACAAAAUGGAGGAAACUUCCCCAGAAGUCAGAUCUCUGUGCUGCAGAACCGGAUUGAACAGCUGGAGCAGCUGCUGGAGGAGAACCACCAGAUCAUCAGCCACAUAAAAGACUCUGUGAUGGAGCUCACGGAUACGGGCGCCGUGUCGCCCAGCGGCCACCUGCCCUUCCGCAGUGCCAACGGCUCCUGGGUGCUGCCCUUCGACGGACGGCCCUCCUUCGUCGCCGUCAAGUCCCAGGACUGCCAGGUCGCCGUGGACAACCACGGACAGAGUGACCUCCAGAUGCUGGAUGUGUACUCCCUGCUGAAGUUCGACAACCCCGACGGCGGCGUGUGGAAGCAGGGCUUCGACAUCACGUACGAACCGGAAGAGUGGGACAAGGAGCCUCUGCAGGUGUUUGUCGUCCCCCACUCGCAUAACGACCCCGGAUGGAUCAAGACGUUUGACAAGUACUUCCUGGAGCAGACGCAGCACAUCCUGAACAACAUGGUGCUGAAACUUGGCGAAGACCCCCGCCGGAGGUUCAUCUGGUCGGAGAUCUCCUACUUCUCCAAGUGGUGGGAGGGCGCGGACAAGCAGAAGAGGGAGGCCACACACAAACUGGUGAAGUCGGGCCAGCUGGAGAUCGUUACUGGCGGAUGGGUGAUGACAGACGAGGCAAACGCGCAUUACUUUGCCAUGCUAGACCAGCUCAUCGAAGGACACCAGUGGCUGGAGACCAAUCUGGGUGUGAAACCCCAGUCAGGGUGGGCCAUCGACCCCUUCGGCCACAGCGCUACCAUGGCCUACCUGCUGAAGAAGGCCAACCUGACCAGCAUGCUGAUCCAGAGGGUCCAUUACUCCAUCAAGAAACACUUUGCUUCAACGCGUAGCCUGGAGUUCAUGUGGAGGCAGUCCUGGGACAAAUCGUCGGACUCUGACAUCUUCUGCCACAUGAUGCCCUUCUACAGCUACGACGUGCCCCAUACCUGUGGGCCCGACCCGAAGGUGUGCUGCCAAUUCGACUUCAAGAGGCUACCGGGGGGCCGGGUCAACUGCCCCUGGAAGGUGCCCCCCAAGGCCGUGGUGGAGGCCAACGUAGAGGAGAGAGCAAACCUACUGCUGGACCAGUACCGCAAGAAGUCCAAGCUGUUCCGCAGCAAAGUGCUCCUGGUUCCCCUGGGCGAUGAUUUCCGCUACGACAUGGCUCUGGAAUGGGACCAGCAGUUCUCCAACUACCAGCGCCUCUUCGACCACAUGAACGCCCACCCCCAGAUGCACGUCAAGGCCCAGUUCGGGACCCUGUCGGAGUACUUCUCAGCAGUGUACAAGGCCGGGGGAGUGGCCCAGGGGGCGCGGCCCGCAGACUUCCCGGUGCUCAGCGGAGACUUCUUCGCCUACGCCGACCGUGAGGACCACUACUGGACGGGCUACUUCACCUCCAGGCCCUUCUACAAGAGCCUGGACCGCGUGCUGGAGUCUCACCUCAGGGGUGCGGAGAUCCUGUACAGCCUGGCGCUGGGCCACGCCCGCCACGCGGCCAUGGAGGGCCGCUACCCGGUGGCGGACUACGCCCUGCUGGUGGACGCCCGGCGCACCGUGGCCCUGUUCCAGCACCACGACGCCAUCACCGGCACGGCCAAGGAGAACGUGGUGGUGGACUACGGCGCCAGGCUCCUGCGAUCUCUCAUCGGUCUGAAGCACGUGAUUAUCAAUGCCGCGCACUUCCUGGUGAUGAAGAACAAGGAGUUUUAUCGCUUCUACCAGACGGAGCCCUUCCUGGAGACGGACGACCGGCGCGCCACCCAGGACUCUCUCCCCCAGAAGACCCUCAUCGAGCUGGACUCCACUGGACCCAGGUACCUGGUGUUGUACAACCCCGUGGAGCAGGAGCGGCUGUGUGCCGUCAGCGUGCUGGUGAACACCGCCCACGUGCGCGUGCUCACGGAGGACGGGCAGACACUCCCCGUGCAGGUCAGCGCCCAGUGGGCGUCGCCCAUCCAGAUGAGCUCCGAGGUCUUCAAGGCCACCUUCAUGGCCCGUCUUCCCGCCCUGGGCCUGGCCGUGUUCCACCUGUACAACAUGGCGGACUCGCCCAUGACGCUGCGCUCCGACACCCUGCUCCGCCUGCCGGGGGCCGGGGUCAGCGCCCGGGCCGUGGACCCGCUGCCCGUCCGCUCCCAGCAGGCCGACCCCCAGCCCUUCUUCAUCACCACCCAGUCCCUCACGCUGGGCUUCUCUGGGACCACCGGCCUCCUGGAGAGCAUCCGCCUGAAGGACGACCCACAGGAAGUGAAGGUCCAGAUGCACUUCCUGGUGUACGGCACACGGCCCUCCAAGGACAAGAGCGGGGCCUACCUCUUCCUGCCCGACGGCACAGCAAAGCCCUACGUCCAGAAGGAGCCUCCGGUGGUCCGGGUGGAAGAGGGACCCCUCUUCUCCGAGGUGGUGUCCCACUUCCAGCACUUCCAGCAGACAGUCCGUAUCCACAACGUGCCCGGCGUGGACGGGCUCUCCGUGGAGCUCAGCACGGCGGUGGACAUCCGGGACCAGACCAACAAGGAGCUGGCCAUGCGCCUGGUGACGGACAUCCAGAGCGGAGACGUCUUCCACACCGACCUCAACGGCUUCCAGAUGCAGGCGCGCCGGCAGUUCCUGAAGCUGCCGCUGCAGGCUAACUUCUACCCCAUGCCGAGCCAGGCCCUGAUCCAGGACAGCCAGCACCGCCUCAGCCUGCACUCGGCCCAGGCCCUGGGCGUGGCCAGCCUGGAGAGUGGCCAGCUGGAGGUGAUCCUGGACCGCCGGCUGAUGCAGGACGAUAACCGUGGUCUGGGCCAGGGCCUGAAGGACAACAAGAAGACCGUCAACCGCUUCCGCCUGCUGCUGGAGCGCAGAGACACCGGCAACGCUAUGACGGACAGCGGCGCGCCGGCCUUCCCGUCGCUGCUGGGCCACCUGACGGGCGCGGUCCUGAACCACGAGGUGCUGGCGCUGCCCGUGCUGCCCAAGAAGCGUGGCGUGCCGCAGUUGCAGACCUUCUGCCCGCUCAGGGAGCCGCUGCCCUGCGACUUCCACCUGGUCAACCUGCGCAGCGUCGUCAGCCAGGAGGACCCCAACUCCCCGUCUCCCUACACAGCCAUGAUCCUGCACCGUAAAGGGAUGGACUGCAGCCUGGAGAGUCCGUCUCUGGGCUUCAACUGCUCCACCACGCAGGGACAGCUGGGCGUGUCGGGCCUGCUGCGGGGCCUGGACCUCCAGCUGCUGCAGCCCGUGUCCCUGACCCUGAUGCACAGCGCCCCCCCCCUGGCCAACGACUCCAGCGUCAGCCUGAACCCCAUGGAGCUCUCCGCCUUCAAGCUCAAGCUGCGCUAAGGACCGCCCCCGGCCC